GUGACCAUAGAAAUUCAAGACUUCAGCUGCUUUUUAAAGGAGACCACUGAGUCCACUGUUCUCAGGCUCAGGGGGAGAGAGGUCCAGAGUCUGGGGGCCACAGCAGCAGAUGAUAUGUCACCUUUGACCUUUAGCCUGGUGCUGCACAGCCAGUAGGCUUUGAUCACUGGACCUCAGGGACCUGCUGGGGGUGUAGGGACUAAGAAGAUCACCAAUGUAAGAUGGUGCUUGUCCAUGUAAGGCCCUAUAGACCAGAACCAGGAUCUUGAAAUGAACCCUGAAGUUGAUUGGCAGCCAGUGAAGCUGGAGGAGAAGCGGGGUGAUGGCAUUGGUCUUCGUCUACAUGCUGUCAUGACCCUGUCCUGUACUGACCCUGUCCUGCAGCAGCUGCCGUUGGCGGGGUGCAUUGUGGGUACUUUAGUUGUCAGUUCUAAUUUGGGAUCUCUAUUCAUGUUUGUUUGGGGUUGUUGCUUCGUUCUCUGUUGCAGAUGUGGUGCUACUUGUUGUGCCUUGUUGGUCCGUGAGUGAGGAGGUGGUUCAAAGGAACGGGACAUUUACUAAAACCAUCACAGAGAAGAUUAGCAUGUCCCCCCAAGACCCUGUUCCUGAAUGUGCUGUGCAGAGGCCAGGAACAGGUGCCACCGGUCCCUGCGACCACCAGCGAGGUUAAGUGUCUUGCCCAAGGACACAACAGCUGGGAUCAAACCUGCAACCUUCUGGCUCAUGGACAAACCAUUGAGCUACUGCUACUGCCCUGAGGAUGACGAUGGUGACGAUGAGUGUUUUCACCAAAUCACAGAUGAUUUAUAAUAUUUGAGGACAAACAGAAAGUUCCAGACUUCUAACCACUCUCUGGGGAAGUUGUGACCUUGUCACGGGUCAUUGUGUCCUUGUCUGCUGUUGGUGGUUGGUGGGACCGGUGGCCUCUGUCAGUGUGCUCUGGGGGAGCUGUGGCUAUGAUGUAGCUCAUCACCAUCCGUGUGUGAAUGGAUGAAUGCAGCGUAGAGCACGCUGGAGUUCCUGACUUAGACAAGCAGUAGUGUGGCUCCUGGCCCUGUUCGUCCUACUCCUCCUACUGCAUCUCCGUCUCCCGGUCCUCCUCCUCCUCCUCCUCCUCCUUCACCACGUUUCCUCCAAUCGUAUCAGCUGAACCAGGAGGAGGAGGAGUCAAAGGAUGAAGAGCAAGAAAAACGGUGAAAACCUGAAAGUGAGCAGAGGAAAAGUGAAGUUUAGAGAGCCGGAGAGGAAGAGGAGGAUGGAGGGGUUAAGAUGAAGAAACAUAUAAAAAAGAAAUUAUUUUGAGGAAAAAAAGAAAGAAGCAACUUUUCCUCCAUCAGCAAAAAUUAAAGCCUGAUUGGGUUUGGAUUCUGUAGGAUGAAGAUGUGAUGAUGACUCCAGACCCUCAGGAGUCCAUCAGGUGUUCAGAGCCCGGCUGCACAUGUCUGGGUUUCUUACCAGGAAGUGUCCAGCUCAGGUCAUGUGAUCACUGUGGACACGGCUGGGUGGGACAUGCUCUGCAGAAGCUCCAGACCCUUCCUCCAUCCAGCCGUGGCCCCGUGGAGGUGGCCCUUCCUGGGCUGGUGUUUGACCUGAGCUCCCUGGUUCUGUACGGAUCUCAGGCCGUCCCGGUCCAGCUGAAGAUCCUACUGGACCGGCUCUACAGCAUCCUGACUCCGGAGCAGGUCAGUCAGAUUCUGCACACGCUGGGCUGGAGUCUGGGGGAUUACAUCAGAGGGUACCUGCUGCAGGAUCCCAGUGGGAAGGUGUUGGACCGAUGGGUCCUGGUCACUCCUGAAGAACAGCGGCUGGUCCUGAAACAGUUCCUCCGCUUUGGAGAGACGCGUCCCAUCGUGGAGGUGAUGAUGCUUCAGUCCCCGAGAGGAGACGGUCACCCCGCUGGUCCAGAGUCCAGAGCCGGACAUAAAUCCAGACAGGAACCCGUCAGGAGGAGCAGAGGACCACUGGAGUCCCCACUGGUUACCAACGACAACACAACACCUCAGAGUGGAAACUUCCCAGGAUGGUGGAGUCUUCUCCCGUUUCAAUUCCCUUACUCAACCGUCCGCUGUUUACCUCCUCCUACUAAGUUUUCUUCCGGUUUUCCUUCCAGUAAGCUGACACGGAUCCUUCAAAAGCCCAGUGGGACCACACACGACCAUCCAGGAGACAGGACCGAAGAGGACCAGGAGCUGACCUGGAAGUAUUCUGGAAGUGAUCCAAAGUUUUCCAUAAAAACAGACCCAGACAUUCCCAAGCCAUCGUUGUUCCUUUGGCAUCAGAAUCCAGUUUUACAGAAUGAGCAGGAGCUUCGUCCCCAGGGAGGAAUGACCAAGCAGGAGAAACCUUCUCCCUUACCCUCUCCAAUAAACUCCUCAUUGACUCCAUCUUUCCCGUAUCCUCCCCUCUCCUCCUCCUGUCGUCUACAGAAUUCCCAAAAGUUUCGAGGCCCACCCCUCUCUCUGCCCUCUCUUCCAUCCUUCUCAUCUUGCCUCUGUCCUCCUGGUAGCUCCUCUCUUCCUUCUCUUCCAGCCUCAUCUGCAUCCCUCCGUCCUGUCCCUUCCUCCCUCUGCACCCUCCCCUCCCUGUCUCCUGCAGGAGGUCGGAAAGGGAGGGUCUGCUGUGGCGUUUGUGGGAAAAGCUUCUAUGACAAAGGAACCCUGAAGAUCCACUACAACGCCGUCCACCUGAAGAUCAAACAUGGCUGCACGAUUGCAGGCUGCACCAUGGUCUUCAGCUCGCUGCGCAGCCGAAACCGACACAGCGCCAACCCAAACCCACGGCUGCACACGGGCGCCGUCAGAGACGCCCAGCCGGACCAGAACACACACUCUGUCUCCGACACACACCUGCAUGAGGGUGAGCAGCACCAGUGUGAAGAACCGACGAGCAGAAGCAGAGAGAGCAGAGACACGCGCUGGCAGCAAGCGCCGGCGCACGGAGACGCCAUGAAGAACGGAGAACAUGGCUGCUGGUGCAACGCCCCUCGUCUAUCCGCCUCUCCUCCAUCCUCUCAUCCUCACACUCCAGACAACCUGGGUCUCGGUCCGGACCGGUCUCAGAGCCGGGUCCCUCCUCUCCUGCUCCCAGCUCAACCUGCUUCCUCUGAAGGUUCUCCUCCCAGUGGAACCAGUCUGCCCUGCAGGUGGCGCUGGAGCUCAGCUGACCCCGUACCAAAGAAGAAGUCUAGGAAAUCCAGCAUGCCAGUGAAAAUAGAACGAAAGACGGAUCAGAGUCCCUCACUCAGGAACGACGGAGGGGUCUGACGUUCCCACCGCGAGCGACACAAACAUCAGGAAACCACACCGAUGCUGUGUUUGUGUUUGAGGCUCCGCCAGACCCGAUUCCCUCCGCUGAUGACUGCGUCCUCCCUGCUGUAAAUGUAAACAUCAACAAAUAAAGAUGCAUCCAACCAA